AUGGCUACGGCUAUGUCUCACCAAUCAAUCGCUUCAACAAUCUCUCAAUCUUCAAGAGAGCCUUUGAAUGUGCAAACGAAAAGAUUCAAGAACAAUUCAUCACUGAGUUAUCAUACCUCAAGAAAAAGAAACUUCUCCAAGAUUGAAGCAGUGGCGUCUCAGACAUCAUCAGUUUCUUCUCACAACACUCUCUUGUCUCCUUCCAAGAACAACAUUGAACAUUCCAAGAAAAAAACAAACGAAGCAGCUCUGAUAUUGAUUAGGCAUGGAGAGUCGUUAUGGAACGAGAAGAAUCUGUUCACAGGUUGUGUUGAUGUGCCAUUGACAGAGAAAGGAGUUGAAGAAGCUAUCGAAGCAGGGAAGAGGAUUAGCAACAUACCUGUCGACAUCAUCUUCACAUCGUCUCUGAUCCGAGCUCAAAUGACUGCAAUGCUUGCCAUGAUUCAACACCGUCGUAAGAAGGUUCCAAUCAUCUUGCACAAUGAAAGCGAAAAGGCUCAAACUUGGAGUCAAGUUUUCAGUGAAGAAACUAAGAACCAAUCCAUUCCUGUCAUACCUGCAUGGCAGCUCAAUGAAAGAAUGUAUGGAGAGUUGCAAGGUUUGAACAAGCAAGAAACAGCGGAAAGAUAUGGGAAACAGCAAGUUCAUGAAUGGCGUAGGAGUUAUGACAUUCCUCCUCCCAAAGGAGAGAGCUUGGAGAUGUGUGCUGAGAGAGCAGUAGCUUAUUUUGAGGACAAUAUCGAGCCAAAGCUUGCAGCUGGAAAGAACGUAAUGAUAGCUGCUCAUGGGAACUCUCUGCGUUCUAUCAUUAUGUAUCUUGACAAGUUGACUUGCCAAGAGGUGAUCAGUUUAGAGCUAUCUACUGGUAUACCACUUCUAUACAUCUUCAAAGAUGGCAAAUUCAUGAAGAGAGGAAGCCCUGUUGGUCCUACAGAGCCCGGUGUCUAUGCUUAUACCAAGGGAUUGGCUCAAUACAGACAUAAUCUAGACGAGAACAGUGAAGUAGUUUGUUCCUAG